CCUGCUACCACUCAAACCACACUGCUCCUGCUGCAGAACAUCGACACCAUGGACACGCUGUCGACUGAAACUCAGAACCGCAAACGGAUCAAGGAAGUGGAGAAUGCUUUUAGCCCACCGGGGGAGACGCUUUCCAAACCAAAUCGUAUUCUAGUGGGAGAGGGCAACCUGAUGAAGCAGGGUCGCAAGAAGAUGGAGCAGAAAGCAUUCUUCCUCUUCAAUGAUAUUCUCGUGUAUGGCAGCAUCCUCAUGAACAAGCGCUGGUACAAGAACCAGAAGAUCAUCCCUUUAAAGGACAUCAAGCUGGAAGACAUGGAGGACAGUGAUGACAUUAAGCACAUGUGGCUGAUGUGCACGCCUCGUAAGUCCUUUUUUGUCUCUGCCCCCACCUACGAGGAGAAAAGAGCCUGGAUGAUGCACAUCGAGCUUUGCCAGAGCUCCCUGCUGCAAGAGCAAGUCCCGAAUCAAAACUUCGACUUUGCCAAAUCCUGGAUCCCUGACCAGGCUGCUCAGAAAUGCAUGCGCUGCUUCGUCACGUUCACCACAACAAACCGCCGACACCACUGCAGAAAGUGUGGCUUUGUGGUGUGCAACAAGUGCUCCAAGGACCGAGCCCGAAUAAACCACAUUGACCCCAAGAAACUGCUGCGUGUCUGCAAGAUCUGUAGCAAAACAUGCAAGGAAAAUGAGAUUUCUAGGGCAAGAUUUGACAGUGUUGGUUUAUGGGGUGAUGCUGAAGAGUUAUCCAGCGAAGAUGAGUAAUCUCAGAUGAAAUUCUCACAUAAUAAACACACUGUAGUUGUGUAACAUAAACCUUGUAUCAUGUGUCCACUGUUAACUGAGUAUGUAAGGUGAAGUAUCACAGAGCAGGGCAUGUGUGAACUAAAAUAGUUCAAUGGUGUCCAACAGAGAGAAGUAAGAAACCUGUCAUCCAUCUCCUAUAUGUGAUAUGAAGGUUUUGAAAAGACCUGCAAAGACAAAGAGCAAAAUAACCACUUUACAAAGACUGUUGCACUUUUAAUCUGUAAAUAUAUUCAACUUUUCCUGCUGCAAAAGGCUUAAAGCCUUAAAAAUUAUGAAGUAUUUUUAAAAGAAGCAAUUUAUCUGCACUUAUGAUUGCAAAUAAUUAGUAGCAUUUUUUUUUGUAAAUUAAGUCAAAUGUAACAAUA